AUGGCAAUCGUACUCAUCGACGCGCUCCCCAAGUUCAUCUCCCCCGAGGAACACAGAAACCUCGUCGCGUCGACCCCCGCGUCGUUCUCCGACAUCCCUCCUGUCCUCCGCCACAAGGAAGAUAAUGUCUCCAUCACCCUCGACCCUCCAGUCGACGCGUUCUCUGCUGCAGAUGCAGCCAACGGCUCGCUCUACGUGAUUGAAAGUCAUCUCGUGUUUAUGUCCACAGCUGGCCGCGGGUUCCAACUCGAGUACCCGUCCAUCACUCUGCACGCAAUCUCCCGCGGCGAGCAGGGUCCCUCCAUCUACUGCCAACUCGACGACACCGUCAACGCGGCCGAAAACGCGAAGCCUCAGAACGAUGAGGAGGACGUCGCGGACAUGAGCGAGCUCACCAUCCUACCAAAAGACCCCUCUGCCCUCGAGCCUAUAUUCGAGGCGCUCUCCCUCUGCGCAUCUCUCCAUCCCGACCCGGGGGCGGACGACGAGAUGGACGACGACGACGACGCGUUCGUCGAUCCGGGCGAGUUCGAGACCUUCAACGGGACCGCCGACGAGGAGCUCAGCGAGGUCGGGAGGGUGCGCAGCGAUUUCCUCAAUAAUAGCCGUUUCGCCCCGUAUUAG